UUUCCAGUCUAGGAAAGAAGGGAAAAAGCAGGCGUGGUCUCUACCUUCACCUCAGUCCUCUUAACGGUGUGCACAGACUUCUAACGGGUGUAGAAGAAAAUGGCGCAGUCAACCCUCGACACUAUGCCCGGAGCUUCGACGGGAACCGUCACCGUCACCGAGCACCUGAACUUCUGGGCAGGGAAACGAGUGAAGCCUCGCCAGGAGUCGAACAUGGAGCCUGUGUUCGAGCCUGCCACCGGCCGUGUUCUGUGUCAGAUGAUUCCCUGUGGAGCUGAGGAGGUGGACGAGGCCAUAAAGAGCGCCCGCACCGCCUACCUGCAGUGGAGCAAGUUGGCGGGCAUGGAGCGCGCUCGGGUGAUGCUGGAGGCUGCCCGCAUCAUCAGGGAGAAAAGGGAGAAUAUUGCAAAGCUGGAAGUGAUUAACAAUGGCAAGUCCAUCACUGAAGCUCUGGUGGACAUAGACAUUGCCUGGCAGUGCAUUGAAUACUAUGCUGGUCUGGCUGGGACACUCGCAGGCCAGCACAUUCAGCUUCCUGGUGGAGCGUUUGCUUACACCAGGAGAGAGCCUCUUGGUGUGUGUGUGGGGAUCGGUGCGUGGAACUAUCCCUUCCAGAUUGCAGCGUGGAAGUCUGCGCCGGCUCUGGCAUGUGGUAACGCCAUGGUGUUCAAACCCUCUCCGAUGACCCCCGUGACGGCCGUCAUCCUGGCUGAGAUCUACAAAGAGGCCGGAGCUCCGGACGGCCUGUUCUGUGUGGUGCAGGGCGCAGCAGAGACGGGCACCCUGCUCUGUCACCACCCCGCGGUCGCCAAAGUCUCCUUCACCGGCAGUGUGCCCACAGGCAAAAAGGUGAUGGAAAUGUCAUCAAAGAGCGUGAAGCAGGUGACUCUGGAGCUGGGAGGGAAGUCUCCCCUCAUCAUCUUCAAAGACUGUGAGCUGGAGAACGCAGUGAAGGGGGCGCUCAUGGCAAACUUCCUCACACAGGGACAGGUCUGCUGCAACGGAACCAGAGUUUACGUUCAGAGGGAGAUCAUUCCUCAGUUCCUGGAGGAGGUGGUGAAGCGGACCAAGGCCAUUCCACUGGGUGACCCCCUGCUGGACGGCACCAGAAUGGGAGCGCUGAUCAGUAAAGCUCAACUGGAGAAAGUGCUGGGCUUUGUCGAUCAGGCCAAGAGCCAGGGAGCCACAGUUCUGUGUGGAGGAGAACCUUUUGUCCCCACUGACCCCAAACUCAAAGGAGGUUACUUCAUGUCGCCCUGUGUACUCGAUAACUGCAGAGACGACAUGACCUGCGUGAAGGAGGAGAUUUUCGGCCCCGUCAUGUCGGUCAUGCCUUUCGACACGGAGGAGGAAGUCGUCCAGAGAGCCAACAACACCACGUUUGGACUGGCCUCAGGAGUCUUCACCAGAGACAUUUCUCGAGCUCAUCGUGUGGCUGAGAAUCUGGAGGCUGGAACCUGUUUCAUCAACAACUACAACAUCAGUCCUGUGGAAGUGCCGUUUGGUGGAUACAAGAUGUCAGGCUUUGGCAGAGAGAACGGUCAGGUGACGAUCGAGUACUACUCUCAGCUGAAGACUGUGGUGGUGGAGAUGGGAGAUGUGGAGAGUCUCUUCUGAACUGUGGAGCGUCACAGAUCACAGACACCAGAUCAGUGCAGAACCUCACGGUAACAUGAAGCACGUCGGUGAAAACACGCCUCACUAACACACAAACUGUCAAUCACUCUGCAUUUAAACUGUGAGCUGAACAAUAAUGUGCCAAAAUAAAAUAUGUUGUUUAA